AUGUCACUUCUACGUCUGGAAAUGCGUCGAUUGUUUUCGAAGAGUUGCAAAUACCUAGCGCAACAGGCUUCGGCGUUGCCAAACGUGCCAUCUUCGUGUCCUGCUGGAACACCGCUAAAUCUACAAAUCAAGAAAGCUGGGAAAGAACCCGUGGCUCUUGAAGACUCAGAGUACCCAGAAUGGCUCUGGAAAGUGUUAGAUGACAAAGCACAACGCAAAAAACUGGCACAGGACCCUUUGAAACUGCGCAGGAAGCAACUCAGAAAGACAAAUCGUGAAAACAUAAAGCAGACUAAUUUCCUGUCUAAAAUAUAG